AUGCAGGUGUUUCUUAAAUUAGACUAUAUUUUAUGGUUUUAUAACAUCCUCGCAGCUGGAUAUCUAGUGAUUUCUGGAACAUUUACCUUCCUCCAAGAGAAAAUAAAAACUUUAGAUAAUGAUGUUAUAAAGGAUAGUAUUAAAGAAUCUAUUAUUAAGGCUAUUAGGAAUCUACUACUUCUUGAAAUAUCCUGUUCUUGUCUUGUACUAGGUGUUACUCUCAUGAUGUGGCUCUCUUGGGAGAGAAGAAAUAAUUAUAUCUGGCUGGGCGGUGAUUGGUUAAUUAUAGCAAUGAUGACUGUGAUUAUAACUAACCUCUUAAUAGUAGUAUCUAUAACUCUGAUCAUCAUUUACAAAUUUAAGUAUGAGAUAGAGAUAAGUAUAAGGUCUUAUAAGAUAUUACCGAAGUUAAGUAAUAGUAUAUAG